AUGCCGGAUCCAUUACAAGUCUUGCCUGCAGAAAUUGUUCUCCGCUGCAUUGAAUUCACACCUCUAUCUGGCAUCGCAGCACUAAACUCCACCACAAAAGCCUGGCACGGCUUCCUGGACACCACACACAAGGAUGCGGUAUACUCUUCUCAAGCACACAAACUCUACAACAAAAACCCACGCAGCGACCGUGAAGUUACAAAACUCGGUCGUGAUGUCGAGGCAUUUGGGGAAGCCCGCUGCGACAAGAGUUUCGUGCAAUACUUUCGCGGUACGCAGGGCUGGAAAGACUUUUGCAAGCGAUUGAUGAUGCUGGAGAGGAAUUGGUGCAGUAAAAGGCCAGUGGUGAGGGAGAGUGUGGUGCAGGUGGGCUAUGAUCCUGUGUGGCGCUUCAAGCCUGACUUCAAGAGGAGGUUUAUUGUUUCGACGAGCCAGUCUGGUGGUGUUUGUGUUACUGACAUGGAUGAUGGACGUAUGUUGUGGAGAUUGAGAAGGGAAGAUGUGCGUAUGUGUGCGCAUUUGGAGUAUGAUCAAGAGUCUGGCACGGCAUGUUGGGAUCGUUUUGGCAAUGCGAUUGAAGUGUGGAAGGCUGAUGAGGUGGAAAGGGGAAGUUUUCAUCGCAUUGGCAUCCUCGAGCACGAUUGUGAGACCAGAGGAUUUCAGCUCUCGCGCUUCAACGACAAGGAAACACUAUGUGUGGUGUCAUCCGAGGGCAAAGGAUUCGUCUGGGAUCUCUCUGUUCAUCCACCUAAACAACAAAAAGUUCUGGAGAUCGAAAACGAGGCCGUGGGACAUCUGGAUCAGGGCAAAGAUACUGUAUGCUACAGUAUGGGUCAACGAGGCUACCAUGUAUGCUCCAAAUCCACCGGCGAAAUGCUAGGCAAACUCGACCCCAAGGACUGCAAAAACAUCUUUCACAUCGCCCAUCCACCUGCCCAGCCAAACCUGACCAUGGGCGCCACAAACCAUGGUCCCACAGCAACCGUCAACCCACCCCAAAACCCACGCAAAGAUCGCCUUACACCACUCAAACUGUACAAUGGACCUCACCCAGUACCGCGCUCGCCACUGGCCAUCGAAAACGACGAGUGGGGCUCUGGCAUCAUCUCCGGAAACCACAUGUGUGGUGUUUCCCGCGGCGGGCGCGUGUUCAUCUGUACAGAUUUCGUAGGUGCAUUGGCAUCACCAGCGCGCUUUGCAGAAACAUCAGCAAUCCUACACACCGAAGGCGAUGGCUCAACCUUUGAGCUCGGCGGCUGGUUAAGCAUAAAGAAUGGCCGCUGUCUAUUUGAAAUCAUCGACAACAUUUACGUCUUCAGUUUACCUGCUUUUGGCCAAUUGCCUGAGACUGGAGACGCUCAGAAACCUAUUUGGGCAACACCGAUUAGCUCGGCGCCGCAACUCGCGGUACCAGUCAGUUUCAUGGGGAUUUAUGACGACUGCAUCAUGCACACCUAUACCACCCUUGGUUUCCGCAGCCCGUCUUCGCGUAGCAGACGCGACUCGGACGACGACAAUCGUUCCGAGCGCACGCGCGCCUUUCCUACAAAAGCAAUCCGCAUAUUGAGUUUGGCGCCUGAUCUGUCACGCCCAGGCAAGGAACUGUCCUAUGUGGAAGGCUUAGAGGUCCACGACAAGACCCCUCGUAGCACUGCAAGCAGAAGCGGUCUUGCACCACCGACCCGCGGAGCAGCAAUGCAAGCAGGACUAUUGCAAUUGAUGGCCUUACUCACCAACAACAACGAAGACGACGAAUCCUCAGAAGAGGGCGAAGACUUCAUUCUCGACGACGCAACAAGAGCAGACUUCUAUGCCUCACUCACCGAAGACGAAAGACGAGAGUUGCAAGAGUCGGAAGCCAUGGAAGCGGCUCAAGAGUUGGAGGAUAGACAGCGGACGGCCGAGAUGAUGGGAUUUGAGGAUGACGAGGGGCGNAUGGAGAUGUUGAGGUCUGAUGAUGAGGACGAGGUUGCUGUGGGCAGGGCUCCUUAUGCACCUAGUCUUGACGAUGGUGAUGACGAUGAGGAAGAGAGUGAAUGGGAGGACGAAGAGGACGAGAUAUAA